AAAUCUCAAGUAUCUCUAUUCUAAAUAUCGAAGUUCAGCUCUUUGAGGAAAAAACUCUUUCGCAACUGGGUUCGGCUCACACAAAGUGACUGCUACCCACACCGCAAACAAUGAGACAGCACACCGCGAUGCCGACCCGAAUCUUAUGGGUCCUUGUGGCCAUUUUCCUGGCGCGCCGGACCGGGGCGUUCCUGCCGAACAACGCCGGCGUUUCGCUGCCCGUGACCGACUACACCCUGACCGAGAUCACGGUGCAAGGCAUCGUGCGCACUGUGGCCAGGUACUUCGAAGAUACCAACCCGGAUCGGUACAGCGCAGGCGACCUCAUAGAUCUUGAUCCUCUGACUCCGUCGCGACUGUUUCAGAAGCAUUAUGGAGAUUGCGUCUAUUCCACCAAAUUCGAGAAAGCCAUCAAAGCCAUCCUGGAUGCCAACGUUCAGAUCUCUAGCGAUUACUCGCACAAGGCAGUCUGGCACUUCAACGGCAACCAGAUCAACAAAGCCAACCGCAAGAUGGUGGGCAUCCGGGACACUCUGCUGACUCUCCUUUUGGCGGGAGACGAGAACGCGCCUGACUACGACGUGGCGCGCCAGUACUGCGGCCAGUUCCUGCAUUUGGCACACAGCUUCUACUCCAACACCAACUGGAUCGAGCUGAACCGAUGGCUCAACUCCCUCAUUGGCGUGGACCAAAAUACAGUCAUAACCUCCAGUGAACUGGGUAUAAUUGCUCCGCUGAGCUGGCGUCAGAGCCCGGGAAGUGUAGACAUGUGCCAAAACUGCCCCGGAUCCAACUCGCUCCCUGGGCUACAAGAUUGCUCCGACAAUCUUCGUCCGUACGUGUACUAUCUGACCAGCGGCUACAGAAGUGGGCAAGACAAGGUCAAACCAGCUGGCGCCGCUGACGGCGUCUGGGGAAAGUGUUCCCAUGGAGGGCGUUACGACGCGUCCUGGACCGAGGUCGCAAGGGGAAUCAACAAGGAGUCCACGGACGAAACGAGGACCCCGCACUCCACCCUCCACGAACAGGCCGCGCUGACGGCAAUACAAGCCACCGAGGACUUCUUCUAUCACCCAGUCAGGGGUCUGUAUAAACUCAUUGGUGAGCGGAAGUUCCGCAGGUUGCUGAACCUGGACGUGGGGACAUCGCUGACCUUCGUCAUUGACGUCUCAGGCAGCAUGUCAGACGACAUCAAAGCGGUGAAAGAAGAGACGAUCCGCAUCGUGGAGAAGCACAACCAGACCUGCUUGGCCGCAUCCAACUAUGUCGUUGCACCAUUCAGCGAUCCAGGUUUUGGUCCUGCCAUGGUGACCACUGUUGCCAGUGAGUGCAUCGAGUAUCUGAGCGGGCUGAGUGCUGGAGGAGGCUAUGAUUGCCCAGAGCUUGCCAACAGCGGCUUGGAACUCGGUAUCCAGAACAGUGUCAACGGAGCCAAUGUGUACAUGUUCACCGAUGCCUCCGAUAGGGAUAAGGAAAAGGUGCCGGAUGUCUUGGCCUUGAUUGAGGAGAAGAAGGUCCAGGUCAAGUUCCUACUGACUGGCGUCUGCGGUUCCGGGUCCAGACGACGACGCAAAAGAGCGUCCGAUUGGUCCAAUAUAUCACCGUCGUAUCAGACCAUCGCUGACUCAUCAGGAGGGGAGAUCUACCGGACAGACAAGGACGGCAUCGGAGACUUAACCAAGAUCAUUGAGGGCGAUCUUCGCGCCUCUCAGGUGACGAUAAUCCAGCGAUCUUCCACGAACCAUGAAGCCUUGGAUGUGGAGAUACCGGUGGAUUCUACCACGCAAGAAAUCCUGGUAUCCGUGGUGGGAUCCUUGACGACCGGCAUGGUCAGCCUCACCAAUCCAGAUGGUAUGAAAGGUAGCCCGAGCGAGCUAGGUGCGGACAUCUUCACCAGCUCGGACGCGCAGAUCGUGUUCAGCAUCAACGUGACGGAGCCAAACACCAGAGGCACGUGGGUGCUGAACCUGCGAGAGCUGGACCUGACGACGGAGUACAAGGUCAAAGUGUCUGCCAACAGCUUCGUGGAUUUCACCUUUGAGCUUCUAGAAACGGACCCAACUGAUGGCGCUGCGUAUCCCAUAGACGGGAAACCAGUCGCAGGAGCCGAGGUCAUUCUCAUGGUCCAAGUCGCGUCGCCGGAAAGCGUGUCCUCCGUCAGCGAGAUACGACUGUACAGCGCCACGGGAGAAACGACACUCCUGACGGCAGCCGCUGAGCCAGUCACCGGUAGAACGGAAGGGCUGUAUAUGGCCAGUCUUACCCUGCCUAAUGAGCCUUUUUUUGUCAGCAUUGUCGGCCAGGACACGCAGGACAUGACCUUUCUCCGCACCCAACCCUCGGAGAUCACAGUCGUGGUAUUUAAGCUGGAACAGGUCCCUGGCUCCAACACCCUAGGGGAUCUUGUCCCUGGAGGUACUGGCAACUUUACCUUCCGUGUCACCAACAGUGGUCCUGACGACACUUACACUAUCACCGUGUCGGUGCUGGACAGCACGUCUACCCGGGCACUAGCUGCCACGCCGGACCCGCUAGUCACCGCCAAGGUAGAACCGGCCAGCCUUGCGCUGGUGAAAGGAGAGACCGGGGAAGGGCAGUUGACAGUGACUGCUGUGGAGGAUGCACCCUCUGGCACAUCAGUUAAGGUGACGCUGUCUGUUGAGAGUACUUUGUCUUCUUCGCUCAAUUUCCUGUCCGUUUACGCCACGGUCUUUGCAGUGCAGAAUGACACGGAAGACGAUAAUGUGGACGCGAACGAUCACACCGCUCCCAACUGCACCAUCCUGAAUUUUGCCGAUGGCUGCACAGCCGACCAGAUGAGCAACGACGCCUGCAAAGAGCACAGUUGGUGGGUGCGCGCCCGUGCCUUCGAUGACGCCAUCGUGACUGAGGUAGUGCUGGACCCAGAGAUCGCAACUGGCGACGACAACAAUGGAAAACAGUCCCUCGACUACGAGAAGUUUGCUUUGAACGACGUGACCUUCAAAUACACUGCUAGUUGCUGUUGUCCAAUGGUCUCUUUCACCGUUCGUGACGGAGCCGGCAACGAAGCGUCAUGCGGGAUGGACCACUACACAAGCCUUUCUGGGAAAAUAGACAAACCCGUGUGUAACGGACCGAUCCCCGUCGAUACCGGCCUGAGCACCAUUGCGAUCGUCGGUAUAGCCGCUGGUGCCACUGUGCUGGUCAUCGUCGUUGUGGGUGCCGUAGUCUUCUUCGCAUGCAAGUCCGCCAGUGGCGGGAAAGCGGGCAGGUCUGUCACGCCAUUGAUCGUCGAGUCGAUUGAACCCGAGCCAGUUUCUUACAAGAACCCGGCGCCGAACAAUUUUGAGAACGCAGGUUAUUCCAAAGAGUAGCAAGGUCAUUUUUAUUGAGGGGGGGGGGGGG